AUGGCUGCUACAGUUGCGUCUUGGUUUGGGUAUAAACCCUCUGACCCAGGAGACAAAAAGCUUCCGGAUGAGCCACCCAAAGCCCUCCCAGCUUCCUGGUACUACUCCCCAGAGGUAUACCAGUUGGAGCGAAGAGCUAUCUUUUCAAAGAAAUGGAUCUUGGUUACCCACAAGUUGCGCUUCACAAAGCCCGGUGACUUCCUUCGGUUUGAGGAAGCUGGAUUCUCCUUUGUGUUGUGCCUUGAUCGAGAGGGUAACUUGAAUGGCUUCCACAAUAUUUGCCGCCAUCGUGCGUUUCCACUCAUUUCGGAGGACGAGGGCAACGUCAAGAUUCUUUCGUGCAAAUAUCAUGGAUGGUCGUACGGCCUUAACGGAAAGCUGGCCAAAGCCCCCAGGUUUGAUGACGUUCCGGGGUUCCAGAAAGAGAAUCAGAGCUUGUUCCCUGUGCAUGUGCACACUGACGCAUUGGGCUUCAUCUGGGUCAACCUUGACUCUUCUCCCGAUCCAGUCCCCUGGGAAGAAGAUUUCUAUGGUGUCGACCGACAAGAACGAUUCCAGAGGUUCGACUUUACCCACUACAAGUUUGACCAUACAUGGCAGAUGAACGGCGACUAUAACUGGAAAACUCUGGCGGACAACUACAAUGAAUGCUACCAUUGCACUGUUGCGCAUCCCGACGUGGCAAAUCUGGUUGAUCUGUCAUAUUACUAUACCGUUUCCACACCGGGGCACAUUCAGCAUUUCUCCCGACCGAAGUCGGAUAAAGUGGAAGAGGAUAUCCAGAAUGCCAGUACUUAUUACUUUCCCAAUGCCUGCAUGACAGUCUCGCCUCAUUUCUUCUACAUGAUGCGAUGCGUUCCGACAUCUGCAGCAACUUGCUCGAUGGAAUACGAGGUGUACCGACACGUAGAGGCCUCGGAUGAGGACUUUGAAUACAUUGACUCGUUCUUCAAGAGAGUCCUGGACGAGGACAAACGCCUUUGUAAUGCUGCCCAGAAGAACCUGAAUGCUGGGGUGUUUGUUAAUGGUCAACUUCACCCUGAGCUGGAGAGUGCGCCGUUGUUUUUUCAAAAUACUGUCAGGACCCUACUCCGAAGUCACCGGGAUGAGGAGCGAAGGCUGAACAGGGAGAUCUGGCCAGCGCGGCAGCAUUCAGCAGCUUUGAUCCGUGCAAUGUUAUCUGAUUCGAUGUUCUUGGAUACCUUUACAAGAGAUCGCAUCAAGCCUGUGAAAACUGUAGGCGGAAGAAGACACGAUGUCCGGGCGAGAGACCGGCAUGUUCCAGCUGCACGCGACUUCAACAAACAUGCCAGUAUAGCAGGAGUUAUGACUCGUUGCAAAGAUCCCCCGGCAGCGACCGGGUCUUGGUACGGCUGGCUGGCCUGCGAAGCGAAGAAUGAGCCGACUAAUUUGAAGCAGGAGAACCGAUUGCAACAGCUUGAAGAGAAGAUGGAAUCAAUAUUGGAAGGGUCAAUAUCCAGCCGCCAUGUUGAAACCCCCAAGGCGUACUCUCGCGGGCUCCGUAGUCGCGAGAAUACGUCGGAAUCAAGCAGGUCGCAGGAAAUGUCCAUGCCGCCGGGGAAUCCUAGUGAUGAGACAGGUCUUGAGAAUGCAGAUACGUUGCCGUUCGCGAUGCCACCAAAGGAGAUCGUCGCGGAGGGUAUUGCUCUUUAUUUUCAAUACUGCCACAAGCAACCUCUGUGGCUUUUCCUUCCGGAUAGUCUUUCCAUUCCGGAACGAUGUCGCAGCGAGGUGCUAUUUGGCGUACUCAGCCUUGCGCUGCGCUACUCGAACCAUCCGUUUCUGGACGGACGAACAGACCAGAUGUGUCGACAAUAUGCCGAAGCCGCUCGCAGCUAUGUCAUGUUUCGAAUUGUCCAGGGCACCGUGGACCUUUCAACUUUACAAUGUCUCUGUUUGAUUGCACUUGCUGAAUACAUUGCGAAUGACACUCAUCUCGCUUGGCUACACAUUGGUCUUGCCACAAACCUCGCCAAAUGCGCAGGUCUUGACAUCGAGCAGCACGAAGGCGAAUCUACGCCAGCAUUGGAGGAACGACGAAGGGUGUUCUGGAGUAUCCAUCUUCUUAACCAGCAAUACGCUCCCCACAGCAUGCAGCUGAAUAUGCUCCGGGACAUUCAUAACCCGAAGUACAUGGCUGUCAACAUCGACUCUCCACGGGAAAUGGGGAUGAAGCCACCCCUGACCCCUCAGGAAAACGAUGCCUUGGGGGGGAUCUGGGUGUAUAUGGUGCAGCUAUCCACUCUUUGGAGCGAAGUGCAGCAUUAUGUUUCGCACUGGGCCAGCGGAGAUCCCACGCCGCCCUGGUCGGUGGACUCGGGUUAUUGCAUCAUCGGGGCUCACCUGAUGGACAUUGAAACAAAGUUUCCUACCUCACAUCGAUACGAUUCUGUGAGGUUUCAGGAGCGCUCGCCAGAAGAAUUAAACCGGGCUCGUGAGUACUGGAGUCCCUGGCUGUACCUCCAGUUCACCUACCAUGCAGUGCACAGCGUCCUUAAUCACCCUUUUCUUUACUCGUGGCGACCCCAGCAGUCUGCCCAGCUCGCAGUACCAAACACUUUCUGGAAGACAUCAUCGGAGCUGGCGCUCAUCCAUACAACAUGGACAGCUCGCCUGAUUGACAUGAUCACCGAGAAGGAAUACCAGCUGUCUGACCCGUUCCUUGGCCAUGUCGUGGCGAUCGCGGCCACGAUUCUCAUUUACUACUGCCGUGCCGCGGAUCCCACAGUGAGGGAGUCCGCCCAACGGAAGCUGGACACUUGCACGAGAUUUUUGAGUGACUUGGCCACCAAAUGGCCGAGAGUCCAGGCAAUUGGGCUCAUUCACUCAGCAUUCGCCGUCAGUCCACAUUCCGGUGAUCACCGUUCACCACGCAGGACGCUAUCAAUAGAUACGUCAUUGAUGUGGGACAUUCUUUGCUAUAAUUCUACCAAGACUCCGUUCGCCUCGCCAGGAAACGGUCUCUUUGAUCCGUCAUUCUUACAGCUCCCCGGGCAGAAGCAUCCGGACCAGACGACAGUCGAGACCGAGAUCUUCCAUCACUCUGCUAGGACCGUAGACACUUCUGACGGAGGUCAAGCGCUGCCGCCGUGCUCGAGUACAGUGCACCAUCGGGCGGCUUCUGAAAACUCGCAAUCGGAGGCUUGGAGCAGUACGAACUCGAUCGCAGCUGACAAUGGCCCAAGUCAAGGACCGCUACCACGGGAAUCGUUGGGCUGGUCGGGUUUGGGGUUUCCAGGCGAUGUGUCCUUCAUGGACGUUACUCGUGAUCCAUUUUUCCAAUUUCAGGACCACGAGAAUCCUUACCAAGGGAUUUGGGAAAUUGGAAAUCUUUGA